GCGAAGCCUUUUCCGGUGCGCCCCGCCCGCGGCAAAGAUGGCGGACGAGGCGACACGGAAGGUGGUGGCGGCUCUGCCGCUGCUGCGGACGGCGGCGGGCCCGCGGGACCAGGAGCUGUGGGUGCAGCGGCUGAAGGAGGAGUACCAGGCGCUCAUCAAGUACGUGGAGAACAACAAGAACGCCGACAACGACUGGUUCCGCCUGGAGUCCAACAAGGAAGGCACGCGGUGGUUUGGGAAGUGCUGGUACAUCCACGACCUACUCAAGUACGAGUUCGCCAUCGAGUUUGACAUUCCUGUGACGUACCCAGGCACCGCCCCCGAAAUCGCCAUUCCGGAGCUGGACGGGAAAACAGCCAAGAUGUACAGAGGAGGGAAGAUCUGUCUUACGGAGCAUUUCCGGCCCCUAUGGGCCAGGAACGUGCCCAAAUUCGGCUUGGCUCAUCUCAUGGCACUGGGGCUGGGUCCCUGGCUGGCUGUGGAGAUCCCCGACCUCAUCGCCAAGGGCCUGGUGCAGCAUAAGGAGAAGUGACCGGAGCGGACCUGGACUCAUCGCCAGCGGGAGCCGGGCCAUCCCUACGGACAAUUCCCGCUCCGUCGAAGAGCGGCUCCCAGAUCCCUCGGUCCUCGCUCCCUGCUCUGUUUGCUCCUCCAAUAAACACCGUGGCUGCGCA